CACUUCCGCUCCCAAGCGACCUAUGAAGAUUUUCCGCCAGAGUUCGUAUUGAUGUACAGACUUCCGGUUCUUUCUUGUUUGCGUGGCGUUAUACGGCGGUGUUGAAGGUCUACCUAGCCAUUCAGGAUGGUGAAUGGUAGAAUUCCUUCGGUCUUUAGUAAGACUUAUGUUACUCCAAGAAGACCGUAUGAAAAGGCUCGCCUUGACCAAGAGCUGAAGAUCAUUGGAGAGUAUGGUCUUCGUAACAAACGUGAGGUGUGGCGUGUAAAAUACACUUUGGCUAAGAUUCGUAAGGCUGCCCGAGAACUUCUGACAUUAGAAGAGAAGGAUCAGCGUCGAUUGUUUGAGGGUAACGCUCUUCUACGUCGAUUAGUUCGUAUUGGGGUACUGGAUGAGAGCCGAAUGAAGCUUGAUUAUGUUCUGGGUCUGAAAAUUGAGGACUUCUUGGAGCGACGUCUUCAGACGCAGGUCUUUAAGUUGGGGUUGGCGAAGUCAAUCCAUCAUGCUCGUGUUCUUAUUCGUCAGAGGCACAUUCGACAGACCACUUGGGAUGUGGGCUGUUUGCAGCCCCUUCCCUACGUCUGUAAGGUUUACAAACGGGCGAGGGAACCAGAUAUGAAGGGUUCGCAAGCAGGUGGUGAACAUCCCCAGUUUCAUUGUGCGACUGGACUCCCAGAAGCACAUUGACUUCUCUCUGAAGUCUCCAUUUGGUGGUGGCCGUCCAGGACGUGUGAAGAGGAAGAACUUGAGGAAGGCCACAAGUGGAGGUGGUGCUGCUGAUGAGGAUGAAGAUUAAAUGUAAACUUUCUCAUGUCAUGACUUGAUGUAUCAAUAAAAUGUGUCUGAUCAA